CGUCGGCGCCCCCGCCCCAAGGCCGAUUGAGGGUGCCUAUCGCCCCUUGCGCCGCCUCCUUGCCUUCAGUGGCGGGCGCCGUUCUCGCUCGGAGCACUCCCCCCAGCUCCAUGAAUGGAAAUCGGCUCCGCAGGACCCGUUGGGGCCCAGCCCCUACUCAUGGUGCCCAGACGACCUGGCUAUGGCACCAUGGGCAAACCCAUUAAACUGCUGGCUAACUGUUUCCAAGUUGAAAUCCCAAAGAUUGAUGUCUACCUCUAUGAGGUAGAUAUUAAACCAGACAAGUGUCCUAGGAGAGUGAACAGGGAGGUGGUUGACUCAAUGGUUCAGCAUUUUAAAGUAACUAUAUUUGGGGACCGUAGACCAGUAUAUGAUGGAAAAAGAAGCCUUUACACAGCCAAUCCACUUCCUGUGGCAACUACUGGGGUAGAUUUAGAUGUUACAUUACCUGGGGAAGGUGGAAAAGAUCGACCUUUCAAGGUGUCAAUCAAAUUCGUCUCUCGGGUGAGCUGGCACCUAUUGCAUGAAGUACUGACAGGACGUACUGUGCCUGAGCCAUUGGAGUUAGACAAGCCAAUCAGCACUAAUCCUGUUCAUGCCGUUGAUGUGGUGCUACGACAUCUGCCCUCCAUGAAAUAUACACCUGUGGGACGUUCCUUUUUCUCAGCUCCAGAAGGAUAUGACCACCCUCUGGGAGGGGGCAGGGAAGUGUGGUUUGGAUUCCAUCAAUCUGUUCGGCCUGCCAUGUGGAAAAUGAUGCUUAACAUUGAUGUUUCUGCCACUGCCUUCUACAAAGCACAACCUGUAAUUCAGUUCAUGUGUGAAGUUCUUGACAUUCAUAAUAUCGAUGAGCAACCAAGACCUCUGACUGAUUCUCAUCGGGUAAAAUUCACCAAAGAGAUAAAAGGUCUGAAGGUUGAAGUGACUCAUUGUGGAACAAUGAGACGGAAAUACCGUGUUUGUAAUGUAACAAGAAGGCCUGCCAGUCAUCAAACCUUUCCUUUACAGUUAGAAAAUGGCCAAACUGUGGAGAGAACAGUAGCACAAUAUUUCAGAGAAAAGUAUACUCUUCAGCUGAAGUAUCCACACCUCCCCUGUCUGCAAGUGGGGCAGGAGCAGAAACAUACCUACCUGCCACUAGAAGUCUGUAAUAUUGUGGCAGGGCAACGAUGUAUCAAGAAACUAACAGACAAUCAGACUUCCACUAUGAUCAAGGCAACAGCAAGAUCUGCACCAGAUCGACAAGAAGAAAUUAGUAGAUUGGUAAGAAGUGCAAACUAUGAAACAGAUCCAUUUGUUCAGGAGUUUCAAUUUAAAGUUCGGGAUGAAAUGGCCCAUGUGACCGGACGUGUACUUCCAGCACCGAUGCUACAGUAUGGAGGACGGAAUAGGACCGUAGCAACACCAAGCCAUGGAGUAUGGGACAUGCGAGGGAAACAGUUCCACACAGGAGUUGAAAUCAAAAUGUGGGCUAUAGCUUGUUUUGCCACACAGAGGCAGUGCAGAGAAGAAAUACUGAAGGGUUUCACGGACCAGCUGCGUAAGAUUUCUAAGGAUGCAGGGAUGCCCAUCCAGGGCCAGCCUUGCUUCUGCAAAUAUGCGCAGGGGGCAGACAGCGUGGAGCCCAUGUUCCGGCAUCUCAAGAACACCUACUCUGGGCUACAGCUCAUUAUUGUCAUCCUGCCAGGGAAGACGCCAGUGUAUGCGGAAGUGAAACGUGUAGGUGACACACUUUUGGGUAUGGCUACACAGUGUGUUCAAGUCAAGAAUGUAAUAAAAACAUCUCCUCAAACUCUUUCAAACCUGUGCCUAAAGAUAAAUGUUAAACUUGGAGGGAUAAAUAAUAUUCUUGUACCUCAUCAAAGACCUUCUGUGUUCCAGCAACCAGUGAUCUUUUUGGGAGCAGAUGUUACUCAUCCACCUGCCGGUGAUGGGAAGAAGCCUUCUAUUGCUGCUGUUGUAGGUAGUAUGGAUGCCCACCCAAGCAGAUACUGCGCCACAGUAAGAGUUCAGAGACCCCGACAGGAGAUCAUCCAGGACUUGGCCUCCAUGGUUCGGGAACUUCUUAUUCAGUUUUAUAAGUCAACUCGGUUCAAACCUACUCGUAUCAUCUUUUAUCGAGAUGGUGUUUCAGAGGGACAGUUUAGACAGGUAUUAUAUUAUGAACUUCUAGCAAUCCGUGAAGCCUGCAUCAGUUUGGAGAAAGACUAUCAACCUGGAAUAACUUACAUUGUAGUUCAGAAGAGGCAUCAUACUCGAUUAUUUUGCGCUGACAGGACAGAACGGGUAGGAAGAAGCGGCAAUAUCCCAGCUGGAACAACAGUUGAUACAGACAUUACACACCCAUAUGAGUUUGAUUUUUACCUCUGUAGCCAUGCUGGAAUACAGGGUACCAGCCGCCCUUCACACUAUCAUGUUUUAUGGGAUGAUAACUGCUUUACUGCAGAUGAACUUCAGCUGCUAACUUACCAGCUCUGCCACACUUACGUGCGCUGUACACGAUCUGUUUCUAUACCCGCACCAGCGUAUUAUGCUCACCUGGUGGCAUUCAGAGCCAGAUAUCAUCUUGUGGACAAAGAACAUGACAGUGCUGAAGGAAGUCAUGUUUCAGGACAGAGCAAUGGGCGAGAUCCACAAGCACUUGCCAAGGCCGUACAGAUUCACCAAGAUACCUUACGUACAAUGUACUUUGCUUAAAAAGUCCAAGUAUAUUCUUUGAGAGGAAGAACUGAAAGAUGAAUGGAUUACAACGUAUGUUUCCAGUGGAGUCGGUUGAGUGGAGAUGCCUCCAGCCAUACAGAAACCAACACUGUGUGGGGGCCAGAGUCUGAUCUUUAUGUUGAUAAAAGGAAGAUUGUUUACUUCAUCAAGGAACACAGCACCAUUAUGCAAUAUGAAACCAGCCAACUGCUUUUUUGUGCAGUCUCCUGUAGGAAGUAUUGCAGUUGUUUUGUUUUCACUUCUUGUAGUCUGACCCUUCUAAUGCCUUUACCUCAAGUUGCUUGGCAGCACAACUAUCUUUGCAAAAAAGUGAAGAAAAAGUAAAUGAUGGUCUAAAAACACACACCUACAUGAAUAAUCAAAAUGAUUAUUCACAAUUAUGUGUGCAAAAAAUUAAUAUGCAUUUGUGUAUUCUUGUAAAAGGUGUCUGUAUAUUUUAAAUAUAUACAUGCAUACUUCAUAUGCAUAUAUAUCUAGAUCAUACAUUGAUAAUAGAUAUAUAUGUAUCUGUGUAUAUAUUUUUAUAAUUCAUUCCAUUGGGGAAUUGUCUUUCCCUUUUAUUAUCUACACCACCACCUUUAUUUCUCUAUCUCCCUUGCCUUCAUCACCUUCAUUUUUUUACCUAGUGCUAACAGUGACAUUCAAAUAUUCAUAUAUCUGAAUCAUUUGAAUGUGAAGUAUGGCAAACUAGAUUUUUAUUUUUAUUUUGGAUACCCCACUCCUUUAUUUUAGCCAACUGCUGUCUCAUGUCUCGUACAUAAUUCUGAGUCCUCAACUCUUGAUAUUGCUUUCUUAAGAAACAAAAUUAUUUUGUAUAUGUGUUUUUGUGAGCAUGUGUGUGUCUCUCUGAACUUACAUUUGCCAUUUGUGCAAUGUGUAAAUAAGCAAUAGCAACCUAAACUGUUCUUUUUCUUUAGUUAAAGCUGCUGUAAAACCUCAUCAGAAGUUGUAACUCUUUGUCUCUGAUAAGGGAUAUAUAUUCUAAAGCCCUCUGUUUCUGUGGGUUAUACAUGGAAAUCCCUUAGAGCUUUUAUAAAGGGUAAAUAUUUUAAAAGAUUAGAAUUCUGUAGGGUUGAGGCCUCUGAAAUUGGGUGAGAGAGGAAAGCAGGUGGUUGGGGUUUGGGGGUUAUUUGCUGGUUUACUUGCUGCCUCUCAUACCUUAAUGUGAUUUUCAUAUAUAUAUUUUUAUAUAUAUGUGUGUAUAUAUAUAUAUAUAAACAUAUAUGUAUGUGUUUUGAAGUAUAGCUUCCUUUCCUUUUGUAUUUAUUAGAAUAGUGCUUUAAUAAUUAUAGAACAUAUUGGCAACAUUUUUUAUAGAAAUAUAGUCAUGUUUAUUUUAAGAACUGACAACUUGUUUUUGCUAUCUUUUAGUGCAAUAAGCAGUUUUAAAGGAAAGCUUGUCUGUUUGACAUCUUUACCACAGAUAGUGGGAAGAACAGGCACCUCCAUAAUUUUAAAAGGGCAAAGUAAUACAGCCUUAAUUUCAGAAGGAAAGUUUUGUAAUUUUCAAAUUUAAAGUAUGUCUUUUAAAAACCAUAAUGGAAAUUAAAUUGCCUAAAUCAGUCUGACCUUGAAUAUUAGAAAUAAAGUUGAACUUUGAUUCAAGAAAUGACAGUAAGCAACUUAAGGUUUGGAAGAUACUUAAAUUAUUUGAAAAUAUAUCAUGUAUUUUGAAGAGUCAUACUGUCUAGAUGCCCAUUUCAUUUACUAAAAAUGAAUCAGGAAGAUGCAAGGUGAUAUUUUCAAAACAUUUUUUGCUAAUUUAUCACCAGUGUAACUUUCUUUUUAAAAUUAGGGUGUUGGUGACAAAAGGAAGUGAGAACUUUGUACAUUUUAAAUGCGUUUAAUCACUGAAAUAUGGAAGAAAGCUUUGUAAAACUUCUUUUAUUGAUUCCACUUUAAGAUAUAAAAGUACUAUAAAGCUGUCAAAACCGAGUUUAUCAGUAACAUUGUAUUCCAGGGGAGCUUUGCACUUUGUAGCAUGAAAAUAGCUUUUUCACUCUUUCGUUUUGUUUUGUUUUGUUUUGUGUGGGGUUUUUUUUGGUUGUUUUUU